CACAUUUCAUAAUUCAAAGCCAAAAUUAAUUCAUUUGAUCAUCAAUGUCAAAACUUAGGUUGGAAGGUAAGGUUGCUAUAGUGACAGGGGCGGCAAGUGGAAUAGGAGCAGAGACGGUGAAAACAUUCGUCGAAAAUGGAGCAUUUGUAGUUAUAGCAGAUAUUAAUGAUGAAUUAGGCCUCCAAGUUGCAACUUCAAUUGGGUUAGACAAAGUGAGCUACCACCAUUGUGACGUGAGAGAUGAGAAACAAGUUGAGGAAACAGUAGCUUUCGCAUUGGAGAAAUAUGGCACCCUUGACAUCAUGUUCAGCAAUGCUGGAAUCACGGGUCCUUUGUCUAGCAUACUAGAAUUUAAUCUAAGUGAAUUUGACAACACCAUGGCCGUGAAUGUUCGUGGAUCAGCUGCAACUAUCAAGCACGCUGCACGCGUCAUGGUGGAAAGAAAAAUCCGCGGAUCCAUAAUUUGCAUGGCCAGUAUAGCUGGCUCUAUUGCUGGAAGUGGUGGUCAUGAUUAUGUCACAUCCAAACACGGUCUUAUAGGACUCGUUCGCUCAACCUGCAGUGAGCUUGGAGCUUAUGGAAUAAGAGUCAAUUCUAUCUCACCGUCUGCUAUUGCCACACCUUCUGCAUGUCGAGGACUGAACAUGGAGGUGAGUGAAGUUGAAGCUAUGGUGAAUGAUUCUGCAAAUUUGAAAGGAAUUGCAUUGAAGACUACUCAUGUUGCAGAAACUGCUUUGUUUCUUGCAUCAGAUGAAUCAGCUUAUAUUAGUGGACACAACUUGGUGGUCGAUGGAGGUUUCUCUGUCAUUAAUAGUUUAGUUCCCAGUAUUACACAAUAAAUGAUUUAUUUCUUUGAAUGUAAUCAAAAUAAGAGGGAAAAAAAUAAGCACCGACGGUGCAUAAUCUUUAAACUCCCAAAAUAAAAUGUACUUGAUGUCUCCCAAAAAAAACUAUCACAUCUCUGGUUAUGGUUAUUUAGAAGGCUGUGUCAAACUUUAAAAAUAGUUUAUGUCAAGAAAAAGGCAAAUCUCAUAACUCAAAUUUUUGUAAAAUAUAUAUUGAAACCUAUUUACUCAAAGCAUGGAUUGACUUAUUUUCACCCUAAUUUGUGUACUACAUAUUCUAAAUAGAAAUGAAAUGAAAUGAGACAAAACAAUAAAAAUAUUGAAGACUGGUUUCAUGCACGUUUUCUCCAUCAUCAGCAACGCAUUCAAUUCAUAUUUGAGAAGAUUGACUUCUAGUUAGCUUAUGCGAUAGCACGGGUAUGUUACUAGUAAUAAUGAACUUUCUUGGUAAGAAUUUCACUACUUUACUUGUUCAAGUGCAA